UGAACAGCAAGUAUGGCUCUGCAAGGGAAGGUGGCUUUGAUAACCGGGGGAGCCCAGGGAAUUGGGAGAGCAGUCGCUGAAGCGCUGCUCAGGAACGAGUCAAAGGUUGCGCUUGUUGAUCUCAAUAAACAAGUUGGGGAAGAAUGCAAGAAAGUCUUUGAUCAAGACUUUGGAGAAGGGAACUGUAUUUUUAUUCAGUGUGACGUGACGGACAGAGGGAAACUUAAAGAAGCUUUUGAGAGCACAGUGGAGAAGUUCGGAAAACUGGACAUCGUGAUUAACAAUGCUGGAAUCAACAACGAGAAGAACUGGGAAAAAACCAUUGAAGUUAACUUGACGUCAGUCAUAAAAGGCACCUACCUGGCUCUGGACCAUAUGAGCAAAGAACAUGGCAAAGAAGGGGGUGUGAUCAUUAAUGUCUCGUCUAUGGCAGCUUUCCUGAGUUCCCCACAUCAGCCUGUGUACACAGCCACCAAGCACGGAGUGAUUGGAUUCACCAGAGCCAUGGCUGAUGCCGCUGAGCAAGAAGACUAUGGCGUUAGGAUCAAUGCACUGUGCCCGGCCUUUGUGGACACCCCCCUCCUCCAGUCCAUUGAGCAAGAGGACAACAUGGGGAAAUUCGUCAAGUUCAAGGACGAGCUGAAGCAGAAAAUGCACAAGUUUGGAGUACUGAAACCGUCGCUGAUCGCCGAGGGGAUGCUGAGACUCAUAACCGACAGCAGCCUGAACGGGGCCAUCAUGAAGAUAACCUGCUCCAAAGGGAUUCACUUCCACACCUACGAGCCGCUGUCAGCCUGAGCCUCCACAGCGCCCCCUGGUGCUAAUCCAACCACCUUGCGUUUUGUCCUUAAAACCGAGAAACAUUAUAAAGCAGGUAUUUUGUACGUGGUGGUUUUUUUUUUUUUUUUUUUUCUUUUGCUUGUUACCCGCCCAACCGGUCUUAAUUCAUUUCAUGAAGUCAUGACUCAUAUAGUGACCGUGAGGAGACAGCACGUUGGCCAGGUAGGAGAGCAUGUUCCUCAAAGAGAGAGUGAAGGAUGGUCCAGCCAUGCUGUCAGAUUCAGUUGCAGCCUUGGUUUAAAAGCAAAACAAACAGAAACUGUCCUCUGUUAAGCGCCACGCGAGAAGUGACUGGUACUGGAUCUGCCCAUGCUGUCUUUUCUAUUAUGAAAUGUGUAGAAGGAUAUUUUAAUGAAAUAUGUUGCAUUUGCAUAAUCAUUUUUUCUUGAUAUUUAUUGAUCUCAGUGAAUGUCCAGAUUACCAUAUAUUACUUUAGCAUCCUGCCCAAGUCAUCAGUGGAAAGGUGUAACAUAAUACCAAAUGAAAUGAAUUAAAACGCUCCAAAAUGGCCAAUAUAUUGAGAUCUCACUGGCAUAUAAAGCCAUCAUACAGGAUCCUUUGAAAGUAUACUUUUUAGAUGUUUUUAUUGUAACCAUAACGAUGAACCUGUAAAUCAGAGACAAACCGUUUGAUGUCCAUGAUUUUGUUGUGCUAUUUUGUACGUCUCAGUCUGAAAUAAAUGAUA